AUAAUUGAAUAAUAUCAAAGAACUGUAUCAAUAUGACAACCGAAAAAAUUAAUUUGAUUGGUGUUCCAAUAGCUAAAAUUAAUGGUCGUAAACUUCCCACUAUAAAAGAAGUUUUAUUAUUAUUUUUUUAUCAUCACAAAGUUCUUCAUCUAAAAGUCAAUGAAAGUGCAAAAAAAACUGCAAAUAUAGUUCAAGAUUGUUGGAAAAAUUUACAAAUUUUAACCUCCGGGCUUCGAAAUACGAUUAACAAAAUACUUGAGUUUUUCAAAAAAUGGCAAUUAUUGCAGUGCAAUAAGAAAAGAAUAAAAUCACAAGCUCAAAAACAAAAAGAAGUCAGUUUUGAAACAAAAAUUCAACAGUUAUUUAAUAUCGCUGGAAAAAACGGUCUAAGAAGUUUGAAUGGAGAGAUCAACAACUUUUCGGCUCAGAAACUAUUGAAUCAACCAGAAAUUUCUGAUAACUCCAGUUCACCAGAAACUUCGAGAAAAUAUGUUGAAAUUAUGGAAACCGAUGAGAUAGAAAUAGAUUUGGUUAAUGAUAAUAAUAAUAAUGAAAUUACACCUAGUCAAGAGUUACUAACAUCGUCGCAGUCAACUAUCAGUCAAAUUUCAAAUGUUUCCGAUUUUGAAACAGAAUUGUUGUCUGAAAAAAAAUACCAAAAAUAAACAUUAUCACUCCAAAUUUAGCAGCUGCGCUUGAUCGUGCAAAUGUUAGCAACAGAAAUGCUACAUAUAUUUUGGCAGCUACCUUACAGAGCGUUGGAAUAGAUCUUCGGAAUGUUAAUUUAAGCUAUAAAACUAUCCAACGAAAUCGUAUACUUCUUCGAAAAGAAAUAGCUGAAG